AUGUCGGCUAUUAGACCUGAUUUAAAAUUUGCUGAUUCAGGUGAAGAAAGAGGGUUUUAUAGAAACUAUUUGAAACUAUUGCCUUCAAAACCACUAAACACAAUCAGAAUUGUAGAUAAAGGUGAGUACUACUUAGUCAUUGGAUCAGAUGCUGUAUUUGUUGCAGAUACAAUAUAUCAUACUCAGAAUGUUCUAAAAGAUUGUCAGUUGGAUUCAAUGACAAGGAAAAACUUUCAAGAACCAACUGUCUAUGUGACAAUGUCUCCGCAGAUAUUGUCUAAUUUAUUAAAAAUCUGUCUCUUUGAUCUGGGCUAUAAAAUUGAGAUAUACGAUAAGAAUUGGAAACUAUUAAAUUUGGCUUCACCUGGGAAUAUUGAACAAGUUAAUCAUCUAUUAAACAAUUAUAACAUCGAAUCAUCUAUUGUAAUUGCAUCUUUGAAAGUAGGUACAUCAUCCCAUGGUAAUAAUGAUAAUUUUAAUAUUGGUAUAACUUUUAUAGACACCACAAAUUUUAAAAUUGGAUUGCUAGAUUUAUUAGAUAAUGAAGUGUUUUCUAAUUUAGAAAGUUUUUUGAUCCAAUUAGGUGUAAAAGAAUGUAUUUUACCAGAGAGUAUGAAUAAUGAACAGGCACAAUGGAAAAGAUUCGUCAAUGUCAUUGAUCGUUGUAAUUGUUCUGUGACUUUUUGUAAAAAUUCUGAUUUUAACGAUAAAAGUAUCGAAUCAGAUUUGAUUAAAUUAACUGAUAAUAAAUUGGUCAUGUCAUUGCCACAAAAGUAUUCAAAGGACUCCUUGUCCUCAUGCAAUGCAUUAUUAUCAUAUUUACAGAUCCUUUCAGAUGCAACAAAUCUGGGUAAAUAUGAAUUGGUUAACCAUUCUUUAAAAGAAUUUAUUAAAUUAGAUUCUUCUUCGAUAAGAGCGUUGAAUCUGUUUUCAUCGUCUACUUCAUUUGGGUCCUCUUCACAUUUUCAUGGGAACACCAAUACUAAUAAAAUUAAUUCUUUGUUUCAGUUAUUAAAUCAUUGUAAAACUAACGCAGGAACAAGAUUAUUAAAUGAAUGGUUAAAACAACCAUUGACUGACAAAGCAAAAAUAAUAGAAAGACACAAUUUGGUUGAAUUCCUUAUGGACAAGUUUGAACUAAGACAAAUGUUACAAACAGAGUAUUUACCACAAGUUCCUGAUGUUCGUCGUAUCACAAAAAGAUUGAAUAAAAAUAAAAAUAUAUCGAGUCAAAGUAGUAGUUGUCUUCAAGAUGUUUUGACGUUAUACGAUUUUUCUAUGAAAAUGCCAGACUAUAUUGAACUACUGGAAUCAUAUAUUCAAGAAGAAACAUCAACAGAUGCAGAUGGAUUGGUAAACAACUUAAUUAAAGGCACAUGGAUUAAUCCCCUAAAGCAACAUAUGGAGCCAUUAUCAAAAUUACAGGAAAUGGUUCAAACCACGAUUGAUUUAGAAUCAUAUGAGACAAAUAAUGAUUAUAUGAUCAGAGUAGAAUUCAAUGAAGAAUUAGCAGAGAUUAAAUCUAAAUUAGAUGAAUUGAGGGAACAGAUUAAAAUUAUCCAUUUAGAGUCUGCUGAUACUUUAGAUUUUGAUCCAGAAAGGAAAUUGAAGUUGGAGAAUCAUCAUAUACAUGGUUGGUGUAUGAGACUGACGCGUAAUGAUGCCAAAAAAUUGAGAAAUUAUAAAGAAUUUAUUGAAUUAUCAACUGUGAAAGCUGGUAUUUACUUCAGUACAAAACGAUUGAAGGAAGUGGCCAAUGAAACUGCCAAGUUAGAAAAGGAUUACGAAAGACAACAAGCAACGUUAGUGAAAGAGAUUGCUGAAAUUACCUUAACAUAUACUCCAGUAAUGGAAAAACUGUCUUUAACCUUUGCAAACUUAGAUGUCUUAAAUUCUUUUGCUCAUGUAUCUUCAUAUGCACCAAUUCAAUAUGUAAGACCACAAAUGUAUGGUUUUGAUGAAGAAAACAGAAAGACAAGACUUAUUGGUUCUCGUCAUCCAGUUGUAGAAAUGCAAGAUGAAGUUAUCUUUAUUGCCAAUGACGUAAAUAUGGAAGCAAAAACUAAUGAAUUUCUUAUCAUAACUGGUCCAAAUAUGGGUGGUAAGUCUACAUAUAUCAGACAGGUUGGAGUGAUUACCUUAUUAGCACAGAUUGGCUGUUUCGUUCCUUGUGAAGAAGCAGAAAUUGCAAUUGUGGAUGCAAUUUUAUGCAGAGUAGGUGCUGGAGAUUCACAAUUAAAAGGUGUAUCUACUUUUAUGGUAGAGAUGUUGGAAACUGCCUCUAUUUUAAAAAAUGCAACCAAAAACUCAUUAAUUAUUAUUGAUGAGCUAGGUCGUGGUACUAGCACUUACGAUGGGUUUGGUCUUGCUUGGGCUAUUGCAGAACAUAUAGCCACUAAAAUUGAAUGCUUUACACUAUUCGCUACCCAUUUUCAUGAAUUGACACGUUUGGCUGAUAAAUUACAAAAUGUUCAGAACUUAAAUGUUAUAGCGCAUAUUGAGCAAGGAGCUGAAAGCCAACAUGACAGCGAUGACAUUACCCUAUUAUACAAAGUUGAACCAGGUGUAUCAGAUCAAUCAUUUGGGAUCCAUGUGGCAGAAGUGGUACAAUUUCCUCAGAAAAUUGUUAAAAUGGCAAAGAGGAAAGCGGCCGAAUUAGAAGACCUUAAAAAAGGUAAUGAGGAAUUAAAGAAAGUGAAGUUAUCAGAAAAAGAAAUGGUUGAAGGAAAUGAAAUGUUGAAACAAUUGUUGAAGUCAUGGGUUGCAGAAGUUAAAGCUGAAGGUCUUGAUCCCGUUGAUAACAUGAAAGAAGAAGAGGCUCAAUUAAGAAUUCAGGAAUUAUUAAAACAGAUUGCAUUAAAAGUAGAAAAGGAAGAAGGCAAUAAAUACUUGGAAUAUAUAAAAUCUUUGUUGUUAUAA